AUGCGAGACAUAUAUUGCUUGUCGUCGAAAGUUACUGCGGAGCGGAAGGGCUGGACAGCAUCUAUUCCAGGUGUCGAGGGGAGAUGGAACCCGCAUUAUGGAGCACUGAUGACGGAAUUGUGGAAGAUUCGCGGGGUGUUUCAUCGGUUUUGGGGGGAUGAAACGAUCUUCGGUGGUUCUGAGGAUGUGAGAUUCGGUCGCUGUCGCCAAUGGUGUUUAACGACGGGGUUUCCGAUGCUAGUUGCCUCUGAAGCACUUAAGAAAAAUCCAGAGACCAUGAAGGAAACCGUCUCGCCCGAUACGUCCGUUUCCAUACCGCUGAAGAUGAUGUCGUUGAGCCUGCCGAUAAUGUUCUCUCAGGGGCCAUAG